CGCGGGCAGAGCGCUGCGCGGGGCCGGUGGCGAAGGUCCACGGCGGGAUCGGCGUCGCUGCGGCUGCCCACGACCCGGUCCCCGGCCGGCCGCCCCGCAGAUCCACCUUCGUGGCGCGGCUGAAAACGCGCAGAUCCCCGAGGGAGCGAGUCCCCGCGCGCGGCGGCUCGGCUGCUUCCCUCCGUGGGAGGUCGGGCUCCCGGCUCUCCGGACCCGCCUGGCGUCCUCGUCUCCGGCGGGGCGGGCCGGCUGCGGCGCCCGGGACAUGGCUUCGGCGGGCAGCGGCAUGGAGGAGGUGCGCGUGUCGGUGCUGACCCCGCUGAAGCUGGUCGGGCUGGUGUGCAUCUUCCUGGCACUGUGUCUGGACCUGGGGGCCGUGCUGAGCCCGGCCUGGGUCACGGCCGACCACCAGUACUACCUGUCCCUGUGGGAGUCCUGCCGGAAACCCGCCAGCUUGGACAUCUGGCACUGCGAGUCCACACUCAGCAGCGAUUGGCAGAUUGCUACUCUGGCUUUACUCUUGGGCGGUGCUGCCAUCAUUCUCAUUGCAUUCCUGGUGGGUUUGAUUUCCAUCUGCGUGGGAUCUCGAAGGCGCUUCUACAGACCUGUUGCUGUCAUGCUUUUUGCAGCAGUUGUUUUACAGGUUUGCAGCCUGGUCCUUUACCCAAUCAAGUUCAUUGAAACUGUGAGCUUGAAAAUUUACCAUGAGUUCAAUUGGGGUUAUGGCCUGGCCUGGGGUGCAACUAUAUUUUCGUUUGGGGGUGCCAUCCUUUAUUGCCUGAACCCUAAGAACUACGAAGACUACUACUAGAACCAAUAGUCUCAAAUU